AGACGUAAAUAUGCGACCAAAUAUGGCGCAUUGUUCGUCAAUUACAAAUUGUAAUGUGCGUUAUACACAAGCCAUUAGGAUGAAUCUUUGUUGAAUAUUUUUGCACAAAUUACUAAUUUUCAAGUGAUUUGGACCCCGAAUCGUGGUUUACUACUGUACUGUUGCAGGGCUUGCUUGACGGCGCGCCUGCUAUGUCCGGUGAUGCGCCCCUGCGCUACGGAUCGCCCCUCAGCUGGCCGCUGGUCCCGCCGCUCGCCGACGACGAUGAAGAUAGCGUCGAGCUGCCAUCCACUGUAGACGUCAAAGCCAUCUGGGACCUGCCGCAGCCAGGUGAUGGGACUCCGCGCGCGGCUCAGCCUGCCUCUGUGUCGUCUACCCCGUCCCCGCCCGGCUCUCCGCCGUCGGCCUCGCUGCAGACGCCGCCGACCCGGCCGCCGCCGCUGCUAGCUCAGUCUCCGCGGGCACUGUCGUUCUCCCCAGAGCUGUCUCCGAAACCGUCGGCGUCUCUGAGGCACCCGUCACCGCCGUCGAUAUACUCGCCACCACAUAACACAACACCAACACCAUUAGCAAAACCAACCGCCAUAUCACCCACUCCACACUUAUCAAAACAGACACUUGCACCCUCGUCAUCGCUACAUGCACUAGCACACCCAUCAUCAUCACCUUCAACUGCAAAAUCUCCCACAGCACAGCCAGCACCAGUGACAGUACCACAACCAACGCGUCCGAAAGCACCGUCACGGACGCCUCUCGCUACACCAAGAUCAACAUCAUCACCGCCACCAUCACCUUCAUCGACUUCACUCACGCUACCACUGGCGUCAUCGCCGUCAUCGCCACGGCCUCCGACGCCGCCUCAGCCGUCAUCGCCAGCAGCGCCGUCACGGCAGAGACGACACCGCGACCGGCGGCCGUCGCGACCGGCGCGACCGCUGCGUCCACAGCCGGCGACGCCGCCACCAGCGUCAGCGAUAGCGACUAGGACACAGCUGGGAUCGCCAUCGCUGUCACCACUAGCGUCACUGUCACCACCGCACUCACCUCCCCUGCCAUCACCACCAGCACCAACAGCCUCGCGAUCACAAUCACUACAGCCACAGCCACAUCUGCGACCGCCACUGCGACCGCCAGCAUCGGCAGCAGCCACGACACUAGUAUCGCCUCCGAAAACCAAAGCAACAAUAUCAUCCCCACCUCUGCUACCCAUAUCAGCAUCACACACAACAAAAACUACUGUGCCAUCGACGUCGCCUCGUUCACCGCCUUCGAUUCUGAGACGAUCGACGUCUCAAACGAAACCAACAACGGCUGCACCACUGCCAACUUCACCGCCGCCGAAGCCGCCCGACGGGCAACGGGCGCCUCCGCUUUCACCGCCGUCAUUGCGGUCGACGCGGCGACGGUCGCCUCUGCCGACCUCCUCGCCUCCAUCUGCGCCUGGGAGCGUUUCGACUCUUUCCGCCGCAUCGCCUCCUCGUGGACUUCUUCAGCCUUCAGAGACGGUGGAGGCGCAUCAGUCGCCGGCGGCGCCUCCCAGUAGACACCUUCACUCGUCUUCGGAUGGUGACGAGUCCGAUAUUGACUCGGACAGCUGGUCGUCGGGCUCCGGCGGCCGUGACUCGGACUCGGAGAGCUGCGGCUGGUCGGACGUGGCUGAGAGUGUGGCUGGGGACGGCGCGGCGCCAGUGGCUCAGCCGCCGCGCGCUGCUGACACCCGGCAGUCCCCGGCGCCGGACGGCCAGCGCCCCGGGUCGGCGCUGGACGGUCACCCGGUGCCGGCGGCCGUGCGGCGGCGGCCGGCCUCCCCGGACUCGAGCUGUGGAGCGCCGGUGUCGAGAGACUGGCGGCCGGCUGAGCCUCCACCGACCGGCGAGCGGCGCGCGGGCUGCCGGCCGCGGCACCGGCCGCAGUCGGAGGCCUCGCCGGCCCGCGGCGCCCGCUGGCCGGCCGGCGCCGCCAGCCCCACCCCAGAGGUCAACAGCCCCGGCCUGCAGCGGCCGACCGGCACCACCAGCUCCCCGAAAACCGGCAGCGCGUCCAUCCAGAGCCCCCAGCGCCGGCCCGCCAAGGCAGUUAACAAUUCUGCAGUUCUAUCACCAGCUCCGAAGGCAAGUCCAUCACUGAACGCUUAA